AUGAAUAACAACGAGACGCGUGAGUUUUUAAUAUUACACAUAUUCCAAGUACACUUAACGUAAAUACAUACUUUUUUUUCUAACAGGAGUUUUGGUAACUGGUGCAUCAGGAUUUAUUGGUACACAUUGUGUUGAAGUGCUCUUAAAAAAUGGCUAUCGAGUUCGCGGAACAGUUCGGAAUUUGAAUAACAAAGCAAAGGUAAUAAAUUAAUUGCGAUUCGGAAUAAGGUAGAAUUUCUUUUUGAUGUUUUGUAAUGGAGCCAGGAGCAUGUAUUUGUGCAACAGGUGCACCUAUUAUAGGCUUAUGUUAAAAAUGGGAGGGAAGGGGUAUGUAGGUUAGUUGCGCAAAACCGUUUGACACAUUUACGUAAUAGUAGUAUAGCAAAGGGGAUAACCAUGUAUAAUAACAUUUUGGCAAGAUCUGUUUGGGAAGUAUUCGAGUUUAGGAGAGGGAUCAACAUUUGAAAAGGAAAUAAAGAUUUCUGAAGAUAUUUUAGGAAAUUUCAGACCAGUGAAAAAACAUAUAAAUUUGUAGCUACAAUUUUUGUAUUGUUAAUAGAAUUUUGGAUAUGUUUUUGCGGUAUUUUGGUUCAAAAUUCCGAAUUUCAAUAUAAAAACAACGAGAGUUAGGGUAAAAUUACUGAAACUAAUAACUUGUCUUGUUUUUUAUCAACCAAAUAUUUUUGAAAAUUAAUGAUCAUAACAAUAAUUUCAGAUUUCAAAAGUUUUAACGUUUCGAGAAAUUUUCGCAGGGAAAAGUCCAAUAUUGAUUUGUUACGUUAUCAGGUUGUGCGAAUACCGUACUCAUCUCACACCUUUUUUACUGAUCGAAUUGAACUUUUUUCUUGAUAGUUUUUCUGAAUUUUUAGAAAAUUAUCGAAAAUGAAAUUUUAAUGUCAGAAACAUAAAAAAUGAAAACUUGAUGGUUGAUUCAUAAAUGUUCUCCACUCAAGAUGUUUAUUAAUAAUACAAAUUACAAGGAGAAGUCAAAAAUUACUAUGAUUGUCAGAUUUAUGGCUGCCGGAACAAAAAUUAAAUUUUAUUAUGGUUUGGAACUCGAAAAGUGGUCUGAUUCAUGUUGAAAUUAAAAAAGAACAUUUUUUAAAUUAAAGCCAAAGCCAAAUUCUCAUCCACACAUGCUAGAAAAUAUAACUUUACCUCUUCAAAAUCAUCAUAGAAUUUUCAAAUUCCUUCACAAAAAAUAAUAUAGUUUCAAUACAUCAUCAAAAAUAAAUAUAAAAAGACGCUAAACUCAUGCACAAAACCAAAAUGAAAAUAAAAUAUACCACAAUCUUCUUUCACUCUAGUCAAAAAUUGUCUUAUCAUCUGUAAGUAUCGAAAACCGUAUGAAACUAGAGAAAAUUUUGCAUUAAGCAAAAGAUCAGUUUUGAAAUAAAAAUUGAGAAUGAAAAAGAAAAUAACUUGUGUAAAUAUGGAAUUUUAUCAUUGAGAAGUGCAGAAUUUAUGUUUUUAAAUUAAAUUUAAAAACGCAUGAAAUGUAGUUUGUAGUCUAAAUUGUAGUCUUUACAAUUUUCAAACAAAAGUGUUUUUUUGCAGAUUGAUCCUCUUCGAAAACUUGACAAAACAAAUUUGCUGGAACUUGUUGAAGCAGAUCUUCUAGAUGAACACUGCUGGAAAAAGUGAAAAAAAUUUCAAUUUAAGAAGAAAACUUUUUUUUUCAGAGCAAUUUCCGGAUGUGAUUUUGUACUCCACGUCGCUUCUCCUUUUCCAAUUAUUUCCGAUGAGAAAUGUAUCACAACUGCCGUAGAGGUUGUUCACAAUGAAAUUUUCUAAAAAUAUUUUUUUAUAUCUCUGGUUUUUUAGGGUACAUUGAAUGUACUUCGAGCGAUUGCUGAUGAUGGGAAUGUUCGAAAAGUUGUUUUGACAUCCAGUUGUGCCGCGGUUAAUGGUAAAUAACUACAAACUUUAGAAAAUAAGGAAAAUAAUAAUUCAGAGGGUUAUAAGCAAGAUCGAGUUUUUGAUGAAACAACUUGGUCGAAUUUGGAAUCACCGGAUGUUGAUUGUUAUAUUAAAAGUAAAACAUUGGCAGAAAAGGCUGCUUGGGAAUUUAUUGAUAAUUUGCCAAGUGAUAGAAAGUGAGUUAAAUUCAAAACGCUUCAUUGAAAAAAAAUGAUAUCAAACAAAUUCUCCAUCAUAAUCAGGAACGAGAACAAUUAGUAGGGAAAUGAUAAAAUCUGAUGAAAUAAAUAUUUACAAUUAUUAAAAAAAUGAUGCUUUAUUAAAUCCACCUCAAAAAUUAUCAGGAAUAAAUUGAAAUUAUCCUAUUUUUCUAAAGUUCAAAAACCCAAAUAAAACUUUGAAAACAUAUCAUCUUGAAUCUUUAGAUUCCCAAUGACGGUCAUCAACCCAACACUUGUUUUUGGUCCAGCAUAUAUCACCGAACAAGGAGCAAGCAUCACAGUAAGAUUUUCAGUAAAAACUCAGCAACCAUAAUAAUUUUCUCUAGUUGAUGAGAAAAUUCAUGAAUGGUGAAAUGCCAGCAGCUCCACCUUUGAAUAUGGCAAUUGUUGAUGUCAGAGAUGUUGCUCUUGCACAUUUCGAAGCAAUGCGACGACCAGAAUCAGAUGGUGAAAGAAUUUUGGUAAGAUUAUCGCCCAAAGUUUUUUGAAAAUUUUUCUCAAAGUUUUCAGGUAACAAAUAGUCCCUCAAUUUGGUUCAUCGAUAUUGCAAAAAUUUUAAGAGAAGAAUUCAAAGGAAAAGGAUAUUGGAUUCCGAGAUUUCAAGCACCGUUUUUCUUUUGUUGGAUAUAUUCAUUGAUUGACCCCGAAACCAAAGCUAGUCUGUUCAGAUUUUGUCAAGAAGUCAAGUUCGAUAACUCGAAAGUUCAAAAUUUGCUUGGAAUGGAGAUGAGAGACAGUAAACAAGCACUUAUUGAUAUGGCACAUUCCAUGAUUGAACUUGGCAUAAUUCCAAAGAAGUAA